UCUUUUAUAAAGUGAUUUAAAGAGAGACCCUGAAUGUACCCCAAACAAAGAUCGCACAAGGGUUAAGAAAAAAUAUAUAUAUUUAUCUCAAACAUUAUGGAGUGCACGAUGUGUCAUAAUUGUUUUAUUAAUUUCAGUUCUAUUUGUGAACUCUGUUUUUAAUUUUAGAUGAUAGCAGAGUUUUCCCAACUGAGAAUAAAACCCUUUCAAAACCUCUUCCACCCAAAUGUAAGUUGUUAAACAUGUAACAUGAUUAACACAUAACUUUUAACCAACCUAUUAGAUGCCUUUUCCUUUUUAUUUUAUAUUCACAGAUAAGCCAUUCUCCAAUUUUCAGCCUCUGGACAAUGCAGAAGCAUCACCGCCAGCAUCCCGGCUAUCGUGUAUGGCACAACCCCUUCAAGCUGCCUCACAGCUCCUCUUAGAAGAGCCCCAGUGUUCUUCAGAAGCAGCAACAAAGAACUAUCGCACAAAAGUCUUGCAAAAACUGCAAGACAUUGCAGAAACCCAGCAAGACAUCUUAGCGAUGCAAAGAAGCAUACUGGCUGCUGUUGCUGGGACGGUGACAGUGACUGAGGAAGGGGGGGACAUCCUGGAAAAUGGACCAUGCCAGACUGUGGAUGAGCUGGAUACACUAAACACAGAACUGGGAAAUAAGGACAAAAGGACCAAGCUGAUGAACUACCUUCGAUCGCUUGGAGGAACAAAUUCAGGGGCAGCCGUGCGCAAAAUGUUGCGCAAGGUUGCAUCAAACAACGUCUUGAGUGCCUACAGUUUAAAAGGGAAAAAAGGGAAACUAGCCUUCAAAGACUUAAUUAUCUGUGAUAUAAUUAUAGGAGCAACGCAAAAGCUUUUUAGGUCUUUAAAGGCAGCUGACGUGGAAGACCUUAUUUCAAUGGUGCUAAAAUUUGCCCCACACAGGCAUUUAAAAUGAUGAUGGGGAAUUGAAGAUGUGUGGUGAAAUAUUUUUUGCAUAUUUCAUUAUAUGAUGUGUAAAUAUGUUGUUUAAAUUAACAUGUGGCUUUCUCAUGAUGUAUUUGAUAAUAAUUAGUAUACGAUAAUAUAGCCCAUUUAUUAAAUUAUUAUAACUCUAAGUUUUAUUAUAUUCAUGUUCAUGAUUAUUACGUUCAAUUUUGUAUUUGUUGUUUAAAAUAUGUUCAUGGUUUAUGUAUAUAGAUUAUAGAGAUUGUUUCUGUAAAUACAAAUUAUAUUUCUUUUAAUAAUAUUACUAUUCAUGGUUCUUACGAUUCUUAUGUUUUCUGAACAAUAAGCAACGACUAUAGUUUCUCGUGAUAUAUUUGAUAAUAAUUAGCAUAUGAUAUAUGACCUGUUUACAUUUAUUAAAUUAUUAUAAUCUCUUAAAGUUUUAGAAUUUUCAUGUUCAUGAUUGUUACGUUCAAUUUUGUAUUUGUUGUUUAAAAUAUGUUCAUGGUUUAUGUAUAUAGAUUAUAGAGAUUGUUUCUGUAAAUACAAAUUAUAUUUCUUUUAAUAAUAUUACUAUUCAUGGUUCUUACAAUUCUUAUGUUUUCUGAACAAUAAGCAAUUACUAUAGUUUCUCAUAUUUGAUAAAACUUAUUUUAAUAAUAUUACUAUUCAUGGUUCAAACAAUUAUUAUGUUUUCUGGACAAUAAGCAAUGACUAUAGUUUCUCAUAUUCGAUAAUAAUUAUUUUAAUAAUAUUAUUCAUGGUUCAAACAAUUCUUAUGUUUUCUGAACAAUAAGCAAUGACUAUAGUUUCUCGUGAUAUAUUUGAUAAUAAUUAGCAUAUGAUAUAUGAACUGUUAACAUUUAUUAAAUUAUUAUGAUUCUUAAAGUUUUAGAAUUUUCAUGUUCAUGGUUAUUAAUGUUUUCAAUGGAAUUGUAUGAUAUGUGUUGUUUAAAAAAAAUAUGUAUAUGACUUAUUUAUAGAUUGUUUCUGUAAAUGAAAUUUAUUGUAAUAAUAUAUUCGUAUGAUUCUUUUAUUUUUGAGCAAUAAACUAAGUAGACUAUU